GAUGCUCGUCGAAAGUUCGCACGGUGUGUGUCAGCCGAAGAGCUCCCUCUGAGAGAGGUCUGGGACACCCUGGAUCGCUACAUUUUCUCAUGCAUGGAGCAGAACCACGGCCUGGUUGUGCCCAACUUUGGCCGUUUCGGCUGGCAGGUGGCACGCCGGUUCCGGAACAACUGCGUAGGACCGUACUUCGAUUUUUUAGACUCCUUUUGCCGGAGGUAUCAUGUGUCCAUUAGCAGGCGUCAAGCGCCAGCGCUGGAAGUGGACUUGUGCCGCUGGGAGGACUUCAACUUCUCCAAGGCAGCCUUGUGUUUUUCACGAAAGCUGACGAAGGACCAUGUCUCUGUCGGCUUGGGUGUGCUGGUCUAUCAGAUUGGGCAAGCCAUUACACAAGGGAGGCCAUUAUCUCUUGAUUUCCGAGUGGGAAAGUUGGUGAGUUCCGAACGCAAUGUUUGCCGCUUUCUGUUCUCCAGUGAGCUGAUGCAGAUGAUGGAAGCUUCACCAAGGAUGACCCGACCAUCCAAAGUGGUGGAUCCGAGUCCACCAAGGCCAUUCGCAGAACGACGAUGUUCGCAGCAUUGUUUCUUCUCUGUCCAACAAGUGAUGCCUCACCUAGAGUGGUGGAUUGCAAUCUACAAAGGCCUGUUCGGAAAGGUACCAGUGACAUUGAGCCUACCAGACCUUCCACAAGUGAUGCCUCACCUAGAGUGGUGGAUCGUAAUCUACAAAGGCCGUUGGAACAUGAUCUUUGCAUAUCUUUGCAUGGGAUUGGAGACAUUCCUCAAAGACAUUUGUUUGCAGACAGAUGAACGUCCAUGGACCCCCCAUGCCGUUCACAAACAUGCAGCUUUCACAACGAUGUUCAGUUGCAGCAUUGUUUCCUGUCUGUCUCUGUUUGCUUAUCUUUUGCUUCCACAUCCCUGGUAUGUUAGGCCUGUUCGGAAAGGUACCAGUGACAUUGAGCCUGGAAUCCCAGAUUCCUUCAAUUGUCCAACAAGCCACAUGAGACAAAAAUCAAAACAGGAAAAUCAGGUGGAGUUUGUUUGGUUGUCGUGGAUGCAGCUGUCUUGA